UUAGGUUAGGUUGCACCAAGAUAAUCAUGAAAAUUCUACAUAGCUGAAAUUUAUUUUGUUUCUUCGAGAGGGAAAGUAGAAUUUUUUUCAAAAACUUCCCUUUUAUUGAGGAAGCUCUUCCUGGGACUUGUGGAGAGGGAGGUUAAGUCAUGUUAGAAACACAAACACCGUCUUCAACCCAUUUUGUUGACACUCUUUAAUUUAUAGCGGUUAAAUUGUAAUCUUGUAUGUUUACUUUUCAUUUUGGUUCUAUAUGGUUGCCACUUUUUUCUUGGUUCUUGUUUAACUCCCUUUCUACUCUUCUCUCACUCUGUACUUGCCUAAAAUAUUUCUCAGCAUUUCUAUCAUUGAUUGUCCACUAGCCAAUACUCUUUUUAUAAAAUAUUGCGCAGCAUUUCCAUCAUUGAUUGGUAUCACUAGGUUAUGUUUUUUUCAUUAGGUUUACUUGACAUAUGGUAAAACCACAAGAGUUGUUCUCAUUCUUGAAUUUGUUGACUAGCCAAUACUCUUUAUUUAUUACUUAAUCUGCAAGAUGGUAAAGUUGUAAUCUUGUAUUAUUGUUUUCAUCCUUGUGUCAUUUUUGAACCCCUGGUAGUUUGAAUACAUAACUCACACACCUAAACUGAGUCACAUAUCCCUGCUGCAGUUAACGUCAAAGUUUGAUAUAUCUACGACCCCAGUCCAGCCUGCCAUUCACAUCCAAAUUGUGCAGAUUAUUAUUGCAAUGUUCACAAUGGAUACAUGGCAGUAUUUUGUGCAUCGUUACAUGCAUCAAAACAAAUUUUUGUACUGUCAUGUUCACUCCCAACAUCAUAGGCUGGUUGUUACCUAUGCAAUUGGGGCUCUUUACAAUCAUCCACUUGAGGGUCUCCUGCUGGAUACUUUUGGUGGAGCCAUUUCUUUCCUUGUUUCAGGAAUGACUGCAAGAACAGCUGUAGUUUUCUUCUGCUUUGCUGUGAUUAAAACUGUGGAUGAUCAUUGUGGAUUAUGGUUGCCUGGCAAUAUCUUUCAUAUUUUCUUCCAGAAUAACACUGCUUAUCAUGACAUCCACCAUCAACUUCAAGGCACAAAGUACAACUACUCCCAACCAUUCUUCUCCAUAUGGGAUAGGCUUCUGGGAACUUACAUGCCUUACACUCUUGUAAAGCGACCUGAAGGAGGUUUUGAGGCAAGGCUAAAGAAAGAUUAGUUGCUUUCUGAUGAUUUGUCUGGUGUAACAUGUAUGGUUCUAAGUCAUCACAAGAAAUUUUCUUCUUCUUCUUCCUUUUUUUUUUUUUUUUUUUUUUGAGGGGGCUGGGGUGGAGUUAUGCAUUUCUUGGGAAGUUGAAUUAAAAUAAUUUGUUUGAGGAUUUAAUCCUAGGGUUCUAGCAGGAAACUAUGGGGCUAGUCAUCUCCGUUUUUUAGUUGCUUGGCACUUGACAGCAUUCUGCCUGGUUGGUUAUGAAAUUUUACCAACCGGCAAUGCGAAUUGUAAUUGUGCUAUUGUUGGUUAUCUAUCUGUAUCAUAUUGGUCUUGCAAAUGAUGGAGCUACACUGUUUUUGCAUAUUAUGUUUUGUGCAAUGUAACAUGGUAGGCGUUAAACGAGUGGUUGAGUGAUUGAUGCUUGAAUUUGUAUUCAACCAUUCGUUUAAUGCCACCACACAUUAUGUAACCACUGUAGGAAAAACAGUAUUGUAACUAAAUCCUUACCGGGUUUCAUUCUUAUGCAACAGUUAGCCAUUAAGGCUUG